AUGGCAGUCCUCUUCCGGCGCGCAACGACAAUUCCAUCGACUUCGGCGGCUUUCACGACAAUAACGACAGCGGUAUUAACCUACACUAUGCCCGAGGCCCUUGCCGUAUACUCUCCAUCCAGUACCAAACCAUGGUCCACAAUCAUUCGACUUACAACAGUAACAUCAUCCGCGACGUUGACGUAUUCGGAACAAUUCAUUCCUGUAGCCACGGAAAUCAGUGCCGUGACUACGACCUCUAUCUUGACUGUUUUGAACUUAAUUACUUCGGUGCCCGCCUCGUCGAUCUCUUCUACAGCAUCGAGCACCACAUCCCCAACUCCUUCUGCCAUUGCCAAGGUAUCACCAGGACUAGCCAGCGGCGCAAAAGCUCAUAUCGCCGUUGGAGUUAUUGCUUUUGUCUUCCUACUAAUCGUUGUUUUCGUCUCCCUAGCGCUACGCAAACGAAAGAGACGCCAGAAACGGGCAGGUGGAAGAUCCCAGGAUCCGGAUACGCAUGAGAUGGCAACGAGGCACAACGUGCCGGAAAUGGACGAGCAGAAUAAGGGAAGAGGUUUGCAUACUAUGAUUGUGCCAGAUAUUGUUUCCUCGAGUUCGAAUGCCGGUAGUGAUGAAUUGUAUGAGGCUCUGGGAUCUACUAUUUGGGAACAAGAAAUUUCUUCGCCGAAUAAAGGGCAAUGGGAUCCGAGGUUGCAGGCAUUGAAGGAGCUAGAAGAGUAG